AUGCGUACGGUAUCACCAUUUCAAAAGAUACUAGGGUUCCGUAAUCGAAGAAAGUGUUACGGUGAAUAAAGAUAUCACCUGGAGUAUUCUUGACAAUCAUUACUUUUCCACAACUGGUCAACUUAAUAUUGCUGGAAAUUUAUUUGUCAAGAAUAAGCCAAAUUCUUUGGCUAUCUUUUAUACCGGCGCUGGGGAUGUCAGCAAUUCAGGAGAGGUUGUGUUCGAUUCUCGCCAGGCUACAACCCCUGCCAACUAUUUGUUCACUGCUGCUCAUUUUGA